CACCGCCUCCACAAGAUGGCGGACGGCGGGGCAGCGCCCGCGCAGCCGGACGGGGAUGUGCCCGCGGCUCCGGCCGCCGGCGCCCGCAGGGACCGGCCGCCCCGGAGCAGCGGCCGCCCGCCCAGCGCCCGGGAUUUGCAGCUGGCCUUGGCAGAGUUAUAUGAAGAUGAAGCUAAAAGACAGUCAUUGUGUUCUGACAAGCCAACAUCUACAAAGAUCAGUAACCCAAAGGGAUCACAGAGUCUUAAGCUGGAUUCUCUUAAAAGAUUGAGAAAACCGGAGAGAAGCAUGAGUGAUGACAAAGAAAACCAAAGAUUUUAUUCAGGUGACUCAGAAUAUAGAGGAUUACAGAUUUCUGGGGCUUCUACAAACCCAAGUAAAAUUGUUGCUGAGCUCUUCAAGGAAGCAAAAGAACAUGGGGCUGUCCCAUUAGAUGAAGCCUCGAGAGCAUCUGGUGAUUUCAGUAAAGCCAAGUCAUUUUCUGGUGGUGGAUACAGAUUGGGUGACUCGUCACAAAAGCACUCUGAAUACAUAUAUGGAGAAAAUCAGGAUGUUCAAAUUUUGCUGAAACUGUGGAGGAAUGGAUUCAGUUUAGAUGAUGGCGAGUUGAGAUCCUAUUCAGAUCCAACAAAUGCUCAAUUUCUUGAGUCGGUUAAAAGAGGGGAAAUUCCUUUGGAACUGCAGCGACUUGUUCAUGGUGGCCAGGUAAAUUUGGAUAUGGAAGAUCACCAAGAACAGGAAUAUGUGAAGCCCAGACUGCGAUUCAAAGCUUUCAGUGGCGAAGGGCAGAAGCUUGGAAGCCUUACACCUGAAAUAGUCAGCACACCUUCUUCCCCAGAGGAGGAGGAGAAAUCCAUUCUUAAUGCACCUGUUCUGAUUGAUGAUUCCAUGCCAGCAACUAAAAUUCAAAUUAGAUUAGCAGAUGGAAGCCGGUUAAUACAAAGAUUUAAUCAAACACACAGGAUUAAGCAUAUUCGAGAUUUCAUUAUCCAGUCCCGUCCAGCUUUUGCAACAACGGAUUUUGUUCUUGUGACUACCUUUCCAAAUAAAGAGCUAACAGAUGAAAGCCUGACACUACAAGAAGCAGAUAUACUUAACACUGUGAUUCUUCAGCAAUUAAAGUGAUCUUGUGAUUGUUUUACAACAUAGGGACCCUGCUGUACUGUCAUACAAUAUGUUUCCAACAGAUGAAAGAAAGGAGAUAUCAGUGUUUUUUUAUUUCCUCUUUUCCAGGGAUCAUAUUUUUGGAUUUCAUGUCUUCCAGCUAUAACAUAUCUAACUUUUUUAUUUUAAUUUCUCAAUAUUAUUCAGGUUAUUUUCAGUCUUAAAAAUAAGGUUCUGUAUGUUAAUGUGUUUCAAACCACAUCUUAUACUAAAUGUGAAAUGAGAUAGGACUUUGUGACUCAGUUUUUUGAGGGGGGUGGGGAAAGGUGCAUUUUUCUGAAGGGGACAGUAUCUUUCAUAGAGUUGGUAAGAUUUGCACUAUGGAAAUGUUCUAUGCUGCAUUGACAAACAGCCAUUUGAAAACUUAGACUGUAGGUUAUGUUUACCUUGAAAAUGGUAUUAAUAUUAAGGUGUUCUUUUUAAUAGGUUUACAGAUAAUUAAUGCCCUAAUAUAAUUUUUGUAUGUUCUAUUUGUAGUGUUUCAUGGUGUAGUAUAAUAUUUAUAUGAUAGUUUUUAUGUCAUUUUCCUUGUAUUGUUGCUCGUAUGAGUGAAUCAGUUCAGGAGAUGCAAACCUCAGCUGUUGCAGACUAUAAUAGAAUGUUCUUAUUUGUAAUCUAGUUGUGAUACUUGUGAUGAAAAUAAAUAUGAAUUUUUUUCUUCUUAGUUAGAGAAAUGUGAGAGACCACUGUCAUCUGGGGAAAUUAUGUGAUUUACAGGAGGCCUCUGGUCAUUACGAAUCUGAGUGUGCAGUUGGACCCUGUGCAACAGCAUGACUCCUUACCCAAACAGUUACUUAACCCCAAACAAAAAUACACUGAGGUGCACAAACACAGAACUGGUCUACUUUUGUGCAUGCAAGUGACAGCAUAAACGUGUUAAUUGGUCACAUAUUUUUGACCUGAAUUUCAGUUGUUUAUAUUUGGAAUUUUGGCCAAAGAUAUUUUGUAGUAUUCACUGGGGAUUUGGUUGUACAGCUUUCUUUACUGUGCUUGUUUGGAAGCUGUAUAAUUAAACCCCUUCAUCUUUGAAAUUACAUAUUUUAUAAAAGAACCUGCCCCAACACUGCACUAAGCAGACAGGAGUCUUAUGUUGGGGGAAACUGGCUGCUGUGCUUUAGUAGUAUGCAGUUUUUUAGUAUUUUUGGAUUUAUAUCAGAUGAGUGGAUCACACUCUGAAGGAGUAUAGGUGGGCUGUAUCUCUUGUACCAAUAUGUGUUGAAAAUUGCUGUUUUCCAUGUUUAAUUUGUUCUGAAAAUAUCAAUACUUGUUUAUUUAUGUUAAGGUUAUAAUUGCUUAUUAUAUUCUUACAUUUUUACCUCAAAGUAGAUAUUUGACUGAGUAGAUUUUAAACAUGCAGUUGUAUUUAAAGUAUUUUGUUUUGCAGUCUGAAUAUCUGCAUGAUUUUAAUCAUAAUUCAUUUCAUGUGCUAAAUAAUUAAAGCUUUAUGUUUAAGAUCACAGACAAGGUUUCUUGUGUUAUUCCAGAUUUAUGUUGUGAUAGAGUGGUAAUUGUGUUGUCUGCCACAUAUUUAAGCCUAAACAUAAAGGAAUUGUCAUGUACUGUGCAGGUGUUUUAUAUCCAAUAUACAAACAAUUCUCUGUGUAAAUGCGAGGCCAAAGUUCGUGAUAUCAAUUUGGGCAGUCUGUGGUUUGGGCAUAUUUUGGUUCAGGAUACAGGUAAAGUUACAUUGCUUAUUACUUCUGAAGACCAUUAUUGAUUAAGCAGUGAUGUAUGAAGAAAAGGGGUUAACUAAAUUGUUUUUUGCCUCUUAUGCCAAAACCUACAAGUACACAGUAUCACAGUCUCUUUGUUUCAAAUACCUGUUGAAUUUUAGUGUUUAAUGGCAGCUGAGAGUAACUGGGGGUCCCAGAAGUUAACAAUAUUUUGUCUAGCACUAAGAAAAUGUAUCAAUGCUUAUGUUUAAAUAUUUCAUGCUUCUCAGUACUUAAAAGCCUAUGGAAUCUUCCACCUCGUAAUUUUAUGUCAUAAUUUUUAUUAUAUAAAUUGUCACUUAUAGCUAACAUCUUGGCAUUUUUGGCACAAAAAUGUUCUUUGAGUGCAGACCUAUGUGGAUAUGCAGUUAAGACUGGCUACAAGAGAGAAAGAGCUUGGUAGAGGAUGAUGAUCUUUCUCUCACAGUAAAGUUGCUAUAUUUAGGAGUAACAUUUAGUUUCCCUUAAAUAGAGGUAAUAAUCCUAUUGCUUGCUCUUGUAGGCAGCCUAUGAAAGGCUCUGGCUUCAUCUCUCCUUGACUUUCCUAGAAAUCCUUUAUCACACAAGAGCCAAAUAAUCAAAACCUGAAUGUUUUCCUUAAAGAAAGCUCCUCAGUAAUAAUUGAUUCUGGAUAAACACAGCCUUGUUAGUCUUUGGGUUUUGUUUUUUUCCUCAGCAGUCCACUGAGAUGUUUGCAAGCAUUCUGCUUUAAUUAAACUACUGGACACACUUGUAUAAUUAGCAUAUAUUAGCAGUAAUCUCAUGCUGUUCUUGCUCUUUGGUGAAAAUCUGUCCAAUGUUAAAUGAAGCAAGGAAGAGCACACAAGUACUCUGAGGAGCUAUUUGCUAGCUCCCUGCUUAGUUGCUUGCACUAAGUUACAGGUCCCAUGGUCCUUAAAUUGUCUUAUGCUGUGCAGGGAGAAGAGACAGAGAUGCAUCUGCCCCUUGCCCAUGCUGCUUAAAGCUGGCAGGCCUCAGCAUAGGCAUGUGCUGCUCUCUGGGCAGGUGAGACAGCAGCAAGAGGUGGGGAAAAUGCUGAAACAAUGGCCUGCCAAAAGCAUGUCUGGUGUUUUUGUAGGAUGGGUAUAAUUGCAAUGGGUCCUGAAAACAAUAAAAGUGGGGCUGCUUCUAUUUAGCCUGGAAAGCACUGGCCCUGAUAUGGGGUUAGAUGAAAACAGUGCAGCAGAACCAUCUACACCUAUUUGAGGUUUACAGAAUUGACUUUGUGACUGGGAGAUGAUUUUAAUCCCUAUGUUUGUAAUUAAUGAACUUGAUCAAAUUUGAGUUUAUGAUGCUGGUUCUGCUUCUUAACGACCUCUCUUUUGAGAGAGCAUUUCCAUUGAGUCUUUGGUCCUAAGUUAAAUUUCUUAUCUUAAAAAAACUCUAAACAGGUAACUUAACAGGGAUGAGGUGAUUUAAAGUGGGCAGUUACUUCACAGGGAGGAAAGCAUAACACUAAUUAGAAGCUUGUUAAUUAAAUUAAUUAAAUUUCCACAAAGCUGGAAAUUUAAUUCAGGUAUUCUCAAAGGGAAAUUCAAAAACAGUUUUCAAUAGCUGAACUACUGGAAUGAAGCAGCCUUAAAAAUCAACUUUCUUUUUUGUUGUUGUUUUUUUGUUUGUUUGUUUUGUUUUGUUUGUUUAAAUUUUAUUGUUAUGCUGGCUUUCUGUAAGAUUUGUCUUAAUUAUACCAAAUUUAUUUAGGUUGGUACUGAUGUAAAAUAAAGUAAAAAAAGAUGGCUUCGUUUUUGAAAAGCAACUUGCUUUGCCUUUGUCUAGUCAUAAUUAAUAAAUUCUGGUGUAUGUUUCAUA